UGUGAGACUAAAUCAUUUUAGCAAGAAACGAGAGAGACUAUUGUUGGGUGUGUAUCGAGACACAAGAGAAGAGAAAGACUAUUGAGUUGGAAACAACAUACACAUAAAAUACUUAUAAAGACAAAUUGUGCGUCUUAAAAAGAGCAUUUUAUAUAAAACCAAGUGCAAGUGAAAAGCGGAAACAACAUUUCCUACAACAUAAAGUGAAAAACAAGGAAUAUUGCACACAGCUGCAAAUAUAAUUAAAAUAAAGUCGUGUGAGCUGCGCCAAAGCUAAAAGCAAAGCAAAGCAAAAUGGGCAAAGACUUCUACAAGAUUCUCGGCAUUGACAAGAAGGCCACCGACGACGACAUCAAGAAGGCGUACCGAAAAUUGGCACUGAAAUACCAUCCGGACAAGAACAAGAGUCCCCAGGCCGAGGAACGCUUCAAGGAGAUUGCCGAGGCCUACGAAGUGCUCUCGGACAAAAAGAAGCGCGACAUCUUCGAUCAGUAUGGCGAGGAUGGUCUCAAGGGCGGCCAACCGGGUCCCGAUGGCUGCGGACAGCCGGGUGGCUACACAUAUCAGUUCCAUGGCGAUCCACGUGCCACAUUCGCACAAUUCUUUGGAUCACAGAAUAUCUUUGGAGCCGCGGAUCCAUUCGGUGGCUUCUUUAGUUCUGGUGGCGCCGGCGAUGCCCAGGAACAGGUGUUUAUGAACAUUGGAGGCGAUGAGAUGUUUGGCGGUGGCGGUUUUGGUGGCCAUCCGAUGGGAGCCUUCCGUUCACAGUCUUUCAAUGCACAGGCCCCGAGCCGGAAACGCCAGCAACAGGAUCCACCAAUCGAGCACGAUUUGUAUGUGACGCUGGAGGAGGUCGACAAGGGAUGCACCAAGAAAAUGAAGAUCUCGCGCAUGUCCAUGGCGACAGGCACGGCCCGCAAGGAGGAGAAGGUGCUGAGCAUCACUGUUAAGCCCGGCUGGAAGGCCGGCACCAAGAUCACAUUCCCCAAAGAAGGCGAUCAGGCUCCACAAAAGGUGCCCGCCGACAUUAUAUUCAUUAUCCGGGACAAGCCGCACACACAGUUCAAGCGCGAGGGCAGCGAUCUGCGCUACAGUGCUCAGCUGAGUUUAAAGCAGGCGCUGUGUGGCGCCUCUGUGACAGUGCCAACGCUGCAGGGCGAUCGCAUCUCGGUCAGCACACAGGGCGAAGUCAUCAAACCCACCACAGUGAAGCGCAUUACUGGACGCGGCCUGCCUUUCCCCAAGGAGCCGUCGCGACGUGGCGACCUCAUCGUUGCGUUCGACAUCAAGUUCCCGGAUACGCUGCCACCCAGUCUGCGGAAUCAGCUGGCGGAGCUGUUGCCAAACUAAACCUGUUGAGCUUUAUCCUCAUCCUGCUUCAUAAAUUUAUAUAGUACGUUAUAUAUAUAUAAUUUAAGUGCUAAUUUAAUUAAGUUUACCAUAGAUUAUCGUUCGAUUAUUAGCGCAGCAGGGACUCGAAAAUAAUUUGCAAUUUACAAACUCAUUCAUCGAGGCUUCAAGCGUGUCUUUGAGAUAAUCGCAGUCCUAGUGCUAAUUGUCGGACUAAGUUAAAAGAUUCCCCAAUCACUUACAACAUAACAAUUGCAAAAGAUAUUUGGCAAGGUAUAUAUAAGAUGUUUUGUUCUGGAGACUGAUCGGUUAUUGGAUUAGGAAUUUUGAAUUAUCAUGGAUGUGUGUAAAUAUAUAUAAGUAAACUAAACAAUCCUAACCAGUAACUAAAUUCAAAUAAAUCAUAUUGAGAAAUGUUCUAAAUGUAUCCUUGUCUAUUGUUCAGCAUAUCUAUCGACCGAUCGUCUCCCGAUAUAGCAAUAAUAUACACAUUGGCUAUUAUAUUGUAAGACAAUACACACAUAAAAAUACACAAACACA